UCAACGAGAUAAACUGAUAAAAGUGUGGAUUCCCUUUUACUAUUCAACUGCUUACGGGAUUGGAUCAAAUGUAUUUAAUACUGGUAAUAGCAGUAUUUAUAACUGGAAUGUUAGGGAAUGUGUUCAUUGGACUGGAAAACUGCUCUGACUGGGUCAAGAACCAAAAAAUCACCUUCAUCAACUUCAUACUGGUUUCUUUGGCAGCUUCUAGAAUCAGCUGCAUAUUGGUGCUAUUUGUUGAUGCAACUCUUGUAGACCUAGCUCCUCAUUCCUAUUAUUCUUACAGUCUAGCAAAAUGCUCUGAUAUAUUCUGGGUUAUAACUGAUCAACUGUCAACGUGUCUUGCCACCUGCCUCAGCAUUUUCUACUUACUCAAAAUAGCCCACUUUCCCCAUCCCCUUUUCCUCUGGUUGAAGUGGAGGCUGAGAGGAGUACUUGUUGCUUUUCUUGUAUUUUCUUUUCUCUUCUUGAUCUUCUAUUUUCUACUGGUUGAAACUCUUUCUGUUUGGGGAGAUAUUUAUGUGAUCCCUAAACGCAAUCUGACUUUAUCUUCAGAUACAAUUAAGACCACUGCCUUUCAAAAGAUAAUUGUUUUUGAUAUGAUGUAUUUAGUCCCAUUUCUUGUGUCCCUAGCAUCACUACUACUUUUAUUUUUGUCCUUUGUGAAGCACUCCAGAAACCUUGACCUGAUUUCUACCACCUCUGAAGACUCCAGAACCAAGAUCCACAAGAAGGCCAUGAAAAUGUUGGUGUCUUUCCUCAUUCUCUUUAUAAUUCACAUUUUUUGCAUGCAGGUGGCACGGUGGUUAGUAUUUUUGUUUCCAAUGAACAAGUCAAUUAAAUUUGUUUUGUUAACAUUAAACAUCUUUCCCUUAACUCACUCAGUUAUUCUCAUCCUGGGAAAUAGCAAGCUUCGACAGAGAGCCAUGAGAGUCCUGCAACAUCUUAAAAGCCAGCUUCAAGAGUUGAUCCUAUUCCUUCAUAGAUUCUCCAGUCUUCACUAGGGCAGCAGCUUAGCAGGGAG